AUGGCUUGCCACCAAAGAUCAAUCAGUCUACCUUCUAGGCCUGCCUCCAAAGUUGAGGAGGAGCUGCAAAUCCUUGAGGCAUGCACCUCUUCGCCCUCGAUGACCAUCGAGACAAUCUCCAAUGGUCUAAGGAGGCUUGGAGACAUCUACAACUCCAUUGAGGAGAUUAUGUGCCUGCCUAGCAACCAAGUUUGCUCCUCACAACAGAGGAAAAUGUUGGAUGGAGAGAUGGAACGCUCUCUUGAGCUAUUGGACCUCUGCAACGUCAUGCAUGAGGACUUCACCGAGUUGAAGGCCAUCGUCCAAGAUCUGCAAGUCUCUCUCAGAAAAGCAGAUGAUGCAGCAAUUCAGGCCAAGAUCCAGUGUUACUUCCGCUUGGUGAAGAAGGCAAAGAAACAUUUCAAGAAGGCUGCAAAGAAGGUUACCUUUUAUGAAGACUGCAGGAUCUUGCGGCUGUUGAGCGAGGCUAGAGAGAUCACUACCUCUCUUCUUGAGUCAACAGUGCAUCUCCUAGCCAAGCAAAUUGCAAUGCCCAAAUCAUCUAUUAUCUUGAAGGCGUUCCAGAAGAAAACUUCAGUUAUCUGUGAGGAGCAGUUGCAGGUGUUAGAGUGUAACAUCAGAGAUAUCGAGGAUGGAGCAGGACUUCUGUUCAGGAGAUUAGUCCAGAGCAGGGUCACACUCCUGAACAUGUUUAGCUCGAUCCUCUAG